AUGAACAGUCAAUUCUCAGCAAACAUGCCUUCAACUGAUGGAGAUACCGAUGUGACCGAGGGACUUGGCCGUGACCAAAACCUCAACAACAUCGAGAAGCAAGAAUCUCCCCGUCGUGGUUCUGUUGCUACACCUGUCAAGUCUAGCAUUUUCUCUAAUUCCCAAGCUAAAAUAAAUACCAAAGAUCUAUUCGCCUCGAUCGAGAUAGAUGACAGCUAUGAUCCCGUCACGCCAUCCGAUUCAUCAGCCAAAGCUGUCCGUGGUAAUGGAAGAAAGACAGUCAGAUCUCUAUCUCCAAGAAAAGCUGCUAGUACUAAGCGCACACCCAACCAGAUCUCUAAGAUCAAUCAAUCUUCAAAGAAGAGAGAGAUCAGAGAAAGCCGCGCGAUCUUGAGAAGCGAACUACGCGGCGAGUAUUCCGAAGAAGACGACGAUGACUGGGAGGACGAGAACGAUGGAGUCAAGUCCCCCGAAAACACUUGGGGCAAAGCUGGUAAGGUAAUUGGCUCUGCUGGAAAACCAACACAUCCAAAUGGUCGAGUCGAAGGACGCAAGCUUGUACCUUGGCACAAAGUAAGAAUGCCCGAGAAAUUGAUUCUAUGCAUGGUGUAUGAAUGCCGCCGAGCAGAAUUGGACAUUCCGUGGGACAACAUCGCUCACAGAAUACGCCCUGGUAGUUCUGGUGCAGCUACCAUACAGCAUAUCAAUAAGCUGCGUGAAAUUCUUAUUCCAGAAGGUCACCUUGUUCCUCCUCCUUUUGCAAAGAAGAAUAAUGUUGAUCCAAAUGUUCGUGGAUACAUUCGUGAUAUGAAUUCUGAAGACCCAAAAGCAACUCGUGCAGUUACUUGGGAUGAGAAAAUUGAGGACUUGAAAGAGAGUCUAGUCAUUCCUGGUGUCACCAGAGGCUCAGGAACUUAUCGUCGUGAUAGGGCUCGAUGGCAAAACAACAAGGUAGCCAUCGUCGAGGAAACCCCUACCAAGACUCUCUCUAGUCGACAAGGUGCUGAAAAGCGAGCACCGAAGGCAAAGACUGAACAAAAGGAGAAGUCUUUCAUGGUCAAGAGGGAGCGAUCCGAAUCUAUCGACCCUACAGAAAUGCCAUCAGAUGAGGAUUACGACCCCGGAAACCGUCUUAAGAUCAAGGGUCAUCGCAAGCGUAAGGUCAAGGUCAAGACCGAGCGUAAAUAUGAUUUGGAUGAGACCAGCGAUUCCGAGGGUGAAUCAUUUGGAUAUUCUGACAAUGAUGACUUCCUUGAAGAGACACCCUGCAAGAAGGUUGCCGGAAAUCAUGCAAUGACACCUUUAGCCAGUUUGCCACUCAAGCUCAAGAUUUCACCCGAUAAGCUAAAGAAAUUCGCUGCAGGCGCUUCCGUGAACUCAGCUGAGGAGGAGGUUGCAGUCGAUGAGACCGAGUACAUUGGCAGAUAUGGCGAUGGUGAUGAUGACGCAGAGACGAUCGCAGAUGCUCAUGCUCGCGACGUUGAUGAUGUUUUUGGUCAUGUAGGCUUGCAUCUCAACAAUGGUAAUUCUGAGCUUCAGAAUCAGCUUGUUUUCACACCUUACGGCUACAAUGGAGGCAUGAACCCUGGUUCCGGUACUUACAACCCACAAGGUGCAUUAAAUGCUCAAUCCUAUGAUCAAGUUUACGGCCAAACUUAUAGCAGUCAUAACUUUAUGAAUGUUGAGACGGGACCGUAUCAAAAUACACAUGGUAGCUACCAAUACCCCAACCAGCAAUUCUUCGGCUUUCAAACCUCCGGCUCAGCACCUGUCAUAAACCAUGGCUUGAACUUCGACGGCCCAGGUGAGAUGAUGCAGGAUCUAAAUGGUGGUCAUAACAGCAUGAGUUCCUUGCCACCUAGCAUCGGAGUCAGCUCGGACAGUAGCGGGUACGGCAACUUUACUGACUCUGCGGGUCCCACCUAUGACGGAUCUGCUUACGAGUUUAUCGAUCCCAGCGAACUUCCUGGACAGGGUUUCGAAUCUUUCAACGAUGGGUUUGUUCAAGAUUACAAUUCUAACCAACCUUUCAUCCCUGAUGACAGCAACCUUUGA